AUGGAAUUUGGAAAUAUAACGUACAGAAAACCAAAACGCUCUAGUUCGUUACAAGAUAUGUCAGAUCUCAAUUCCACUUCUACACUGUUUGACGCAACCGUGGCAAGCUUACCGAAUGCAUCUCUAUAUGAAAGUCAAAAUAAUAUUGAUUUAAAUGAAAAAAUAAAUAAACUGUCGAGUGACUUAUUAAUUGCUCAUCAAGAAAUAGAUAAUCUCAAUAGUGAAAAUACUAGUUUAAAGUUAGAAAUUGAAAAAUACCAAAAAAUAAUUAAAACAUUUAAAAAAAUUACUACAUAUUCCUCAUGUAAUACGACACCUGCAUCAGUGAACAAGAGACGACAAACUUUGCAGAUACCAGAACAAAAUCUACUGUGUACACCUAUAAACAGAAUAGAAAUGUCAGAAUGCAGUAUUAACGAAAUCAAAGACAAAGAACAAGAAUUAGUCAAUAACAUAGAAAAAACAGAUAGCUCAAAUCAUCUGCCUAACACAUCAUGUCACAUUCAUCUAGAGAAAGAAGAUAUUCACAAAGAACACACGGAAGUAAUUGCAACAGACACAAAUACUAAUACAUCUCUUAAUACUCCAAAAACUAAACUAGGAAACACUUUGCCAUAUUAUAUAAGAGAAAAAAAUGACAAUUACAAAUUAGCUACAUUUAAGAUGCGAAGGAAAAUAAUUGUUAUUGCUGACCAACAAGGGCGAAAUAUUUGCAAAACUCUUCAAAAAUUAAUUGGCGAUAAUUUUCUUGUAACUUGUUAUUGGAAACCAGGAGCUAAAAUACAGGAAGUCUUACAAACAGAAAAGAACGAAAUAUGUAAACUUACAAAAAAUGAUUAUGUUGUUGUUCUUGGCGGCGUGAAUGAGAAUAAUCCAUAUGAAUUUGAAUUUUGUAUCAGGAGCUGGCUUUAUAGUGUAACAAAUACUAAUGUAAUAUUUACAGAAAUACCAUAUAAUAGAAAUUUAAACAUCGGCAAACUUAACUAUGUAUUAAGAUUUAUAUGUACAAGCUUUACUAAUGUUUCGUUUAUAAAUACAAAUGGUUCGAAGCCUUUCUUUCAUCAAUAUACUUUUACUCCAUAUAUACCAUGUCGUUUUCUGCUACGUGAAAUUCUACGCCUCGACUACAAAUUAAAAUUUGAGCUUUACCAAAAUAUAGUAAUUUCCUCAAAAUUUACUCCACUUCAGACUACUAGUACACAAACUGACAAUAUUGAAAUGGUAGACACAUGUACACAAAGUGACGAUAUAUUGAAAGACAAUAUCAUAGAGGAAAUCACUCCCAGGCAUGAAAAUAUGACACAUUCUGGUAAAAAUCUUUUUCGUAUAUAA